AUGGAGGAAACAAAUUCAGAUAGUGUAGAGUUCGGAAUGAGAGAAUCAAGUGUUAUUGGAAUUGAAACUGCGACCAAUUCUGUAAAUGCUCCUAAACCACUACUAGGAAUGAAGUUUAAUAGUCAUGAAGAAGCUUAUAACUAUUAUAACUCUUAUGCAUUGUUGAUGGGUUUUGGAAUAAGGAAGAGCAGUGUGAAUUACUCUCGCAAGACUAGAGAAGUGGUAGACAGAAAGUUUGUUUGUGAUAAGGAGGGAUAUAAACCUAAUAGUGGCAAGAUAGAGAUCCCUCUUCGGCGAGAGACCCGAGUGGGAUGUAAGGCAAUGAUGCGAGUUAAAUUAUUGGAGGACAAAUCGUGGGAGGUCACGGGGUUUGUUGAAGAACAUACAAAUCAUGUGUUGAGUAGUCCAGACAAAGCAAAAAUGCACAGAUCACAUCAACAAUUUCAUAAAACUCAAAGAUGUAAAAAACUUAUUGAUAGUCUGCGAGAAGAAUGUAUGCCUCCUUCCACUAUUUCUCGUGUUAUCAAUGCAACCAAUGCAAGAGACGGUGAACUUGUGACAUCACAACAGUGCAUUGAUCAUAUCAGAACCCAAAGAGUCAACAAUAUUGGUCAUGAAUGCAUAUCUAUCAUUCGACAUUUUCAGAGUAUGACAGCGAAUGAUCCAGAAUUUUAUUUUGCAAUAGAAGUAGACAGUAGUGGACAAAUGAGGAGUGUAUUCUGGGCCGACGGAAGAUCAAGAGCAUCUUAUUUGCAAUUCAGUGAUGUUAUUGUGUUUGAUGUGACAUACAGAACUAAUAAGUUCGGUCUUCCAUUUGCUCCAUUUACUGGUGUAAAUCACCAUAGGCAGUCCACUUUACUUGGUUGUGCAUUAUUAGCCGAUGAACAGGAAGAUACCUUUGUUUGGUUAUUUGAAGAAUGGCUGAAAUGCAUGCACGGCAUUGAACCAGGAUAUUGGGUUGAGAUGAAAGAGAAGUUUGAUAUAAAUGAAGAAGGGGAAGGAUGGUUGCAAAUAGUUUACAAAUGCAGAGAACACUGGGUGCCGUGUUAUCUAAAGGACACUUUUUUUGCUGGAAUGAGAUCGAGCCAAAGGAGUGAAAGUAUUAAUGCAUUUUUUGAUGGGUAUGUUAACUCACAGACUCAGUUACACGAGUUUGUGACACAAUAUGAAAAAGCAGUAACUCAUCGUCGCUUAAGUGAAGCCCAUGAAGAUUUUAAGAGUCUGAACACAAAGCCGGUUAUGCUCCUUGGACAUCCAAUUGAGAUCCAAGCUGGAGAAAUGUAUACACGCAAUAUGUUUGAUGUGUUCCAUACUGAAUUCAAAGGAUUUGGUACAGAGUUCUGUGAAGAAUUAAGAAAAGAUGGGGACAUUGUUGAAUACAAGGUCUGUAAGUUUACAGAUAGAGAAAAAUGGGAGGUGGUUACUUAUGAACAAUCCAGUCAGAUCCAGUUCUGUUGCACUUGUGCUUUGUUUGAAACUAAUGGUGUUGUAUGUAGACAUAUAUUAUCGCUAAUGAUGGCUAGGCAAAUGGAUUCAUUACCCGACCACUACAUCCUACACCGUUGGACCAUACAUGCAAGGCAUCGUAACAUUGGGGUUGGCAAUAUUGUAUUUGGAAGAAACAUCACCAGCUGUGAAGAGAAGAUUAAUUUAUUGAAAUCUUGGGCUUUAAGAGCAAAAUUCAAUAAUGUGCUCGAGCUUGCAUUUGAUUCAGAAGAGAAGCUGCAACAACUUGAUGAUGUGCUAACAAAUUUCAUGGAAUCACUUGAAGAAGAAACCUACAAGGACUAA